AUGGCUUCAGUUGAAAUUUUACAUCCAGACGACAUCACACAAGAACAAUUACGACAGCACAAAGAAGAUAAAGUACAAAAUAGUCAAAGAUCACCAGUAGCCAGAGUUCUAGUCUCCUGUGAAUAUCACGAAUUAUUCACUGUAAAUGAGAUUCGAAAACGAACGUAUUCUCACUGGCAACUCAAAUCACCAUCACAAUCUCAAAUGGUCAAUAGUGGUUUUUUCAACUGCAAUGUUGGUGACCGAGUCAUUUGUAUUUACUGUAAUCUGAUUUGUCAGGAAUGGCUUAUCACCGAUGAUCCAGUUGAAAUCCACAGAAUUCUGUCGCCCAACUGCUGUUUCGUCAAAUCAAACCUCGUCGCGACUAGUACAACGACACCUGCCAUCCUCAAUGAAACACCAUAUGUGCCAGCGAACAUGGAAAUUGUUCUCGCACAAGCUUGCAAUCCACAAUUUGUUGAAAUACCGAAACGUCAAGCUACCUAUGCAUCAUGGCCACAUCAUCUGCCGCUACCACUAGUGGAUGAUCUUAUCCGAGCUGGUUUUUUCUAUUCCGGCCUAAAAACGAUCGUGACAUGCUUCUAUUGCAAUGGAUCUCUACAGAAUUGGGGCGAAAAGGAUAAUCCAAUGAUUGAACAUGCCCGCUGGUUUCCGCACUGUUCCUAUGUGAAGCAAUUAUGCGAUGAUGAUUUAUAUAAAAAAAUUCAGCAGUCGAAAAGAGCUGCUAAACAAACAUGUUCGCAUAUUACGCAACAACAAACACAGACUAGAUUUUCGGUUUCAUUAACAACUUCAAAUGCUGAUCAAUUACAAAUUCCUGACGAGAGCACACUGUCUCGAUUAGUCGCUGCACGACUCGAUUCUCCCGUAUCGCAACGUCUUCUGACCAAGUUUAAAUUAUCAAUUAUUAAACGAUGCUAUGAAGAUCAAUUACGUUUAAAACAGGACGAUUUCCCGAGUGAUAGCGAUCUUUACAUGGCCUGUUUGAUUCUUCAAAAACAAAUUGAAAUAAUUGAUGGUAGAAAAGAGAAUAUUAUUAUUCCAUCGAAAAGGUUGCUGGAAUUAACCGAAAAAAAUAAACGAGAGGCGAUAAUGGCCCAGUCAAAUGCAAUGGUCAAUGUCAACGGUUCUGACACCGAAGAAGAAGGAUCUGAAAUGGUUACAUCAACACCAUCAAUCGAACCAAUUGAUACUAAAAAGGAGGAAAAACCAAGACAAGGAGAAACAGAAAACUUCAAUGUUUGUGUUCUAUGUUUGACAGAUGAAAAACGUUUGGCAUGCAUCCCGUGUGGUCAUUUGGCAACAUGCGUACCAUGCGGUCAUUCAUUACGCAACUGUCCGCUAUGUCGGCGAGAAAUUAAGGCCUUUAUUCGUGUUUACAUAUAA